UCUCGCGGGAUACAGAACGUGCGACAUUCGAUUUAUCGGAUGGUGUUGUAGUAUUUCAGUUUUGCUCAAUUCCAUUGCUAUUUACGGUUUGAAGUACCGGUAGGCUAUGAAACGUAGACCAUGUCAUAGUUAGGACCGCAUCAAAUAUCAUGACCAUGGAAUUUGGUGCAUCAUCCAAUGGUAAUGAUGACAAUCCUUCUGGUGAGAAUGCAGGGCAUUAUGCACGAAUCAAAGAGUUGGCUGCCUCCUAUCGCAGGAGAAAGAGGAAAACCUAUCCUAAAAAGAACUUAAAGCCAUAUGUGAAGGCUCCAUCCAGGGACAUAAAUGGUGCUAUAGAUGGUCCAUCAGUUCCCAGAAGAGAAAGAAAAGGGGGGAAAAACCUCAACGACAGAGAAACUAAAGGACUUUCCUGAGGAAUUGCAACCAAGUAAUCAUGAAGUAGAAAUCGAUGCACCUUUCGAUUUUCAAGUGUUCCAGCAAGUGAGAGCUGAACUUAUGGAGCUUCUGAAUGGGAUUCGGGCUUCCAAUAGUACUGAAGUGCCAGGCACUGAAUCUGAAUGGAAGAAAAGGCAUUUUGUUGCGCAUGCUGACCGGAAGCAAAGACAAGAGGAGAGUUGGGAGGAGGUGCGGGAGCCAGUAUUGAGGUCAAUACUUAGGAAAAUGGGAAAACAUAGUUCAUCAUGUGCAGUUUGUGUCUCAUGUGCGUCGUCAGCUGUUAUCAGAUGCUUCAAAGAGUCGGGCUUCUCUACGAAAGUGUCUUGAAAAGGAGAGAAAGCAACUUCAGCAUUGUGUUAGUCUGCUGUCAUGUUUCUGUGGACGAAGUCACGCAAGAGGACUAUUUGUUGCCUUGGCAUAAUCC